UUUUGUGCAGAUACCAAAACAUUUCGACUUGGGAGGGAUGAAAUAUUCGACAAACUUUUUAACUAUAAAUACUAUGUUGACGAUAUUCAAAACUAUCAGUGUGUUCUCGUUCAGUUUUUAAACACAUCGACAGUGUAAAACCAAAUCAUAAAACAAAAUGGCCGCCAAGAUGAUCGUAUUCGCCGCCUGUGUGGCUUCCGCUCUCUCACAAUACGCUGCUCCAGCCUACAAACCCUCAUACGCUGCUCCAGGUUACUAUUCGCCAAAGCCCUACGCUCCAGAACCCGCAUACCACCCAGCACCAUAUAACUUCGAGUACAGCGUCAACGACCAAUACACCUACGACAUCAAGAGCCAACAAGAAUACUCCGACGGAAACGGAUACGUCAAGGGAUCGUACAGUUUGGUCGAACCCGACGGUUCCACCCGCGUCGUCGAAUACACUGCCGACGACUACAACGGUUUCAACGCUGAAGUCAAGAAAAUCGGUGGAGGAUACAAGGCUCCAUACUCCGCUCCAGCAUACAAUCCAGCCCCAUACUCUGCUCCAGCAUACAAACACGCUUACCCAGCACCAGCUUACAAACCAUACUAAGCGAAGUCUCGAAUAGGCCUAAAAUAGUUAGUUAUUUAUAAAAUUCUAUGUUUAUAAUCUUUUUCUUCCUGUCACCUAUUGAUGACGUUUUGUUGUCUGGGACGUCGGAAUCAUAUGCGGUUGUACACUUGUUUCUGUUAUAGAUGUAAUAUCAAUGAUCUAAUUGUACUCUGUAAUAUAUUGUUUUGUAAAUAAAAGUCUCUUCAUAUA